GUCCUGCUGCUGCUACUUUGGGUAUAUAAGAGUCGAAUUCGACGUUCAAAAGACACACACUACACUUCCAGCAGCAGCAAAAGCAGCAGCUCGAGCUAAAGCAAUCAUGACAAUCAGCCAAUCUUUCCUCGUAGUUUGCCUUCUCCUGGCCACUUCCCUCGCCGAACUCAACCGCGAAAAACGAUCACCGGAUGGACACGGACAUCAUGGACAUCACGGACACCAUGACCACAGCCACGAUCACGGACACCACAGUGCUGCUCCUAUUCACACUCCCGAUGCCGGCGCAGCUCAUGGUGGCCCAGUAGCAGUUCCAACUUAUGAUGCUCAACCGGCUCAGCACCAUGAUCAUCAUCAUCAAUCGGCCCCAACUUACGAUGCCCAGCCUGUUGCUCCUUCCUAUGAAGUUGGACCAUCUUUCCAAGCUCCUCAACAGUAUGAGGCCCAAGAAACGUCUCACCACGGCGCUCCUGAAUACAAUCCUCCUGCUCCUGAAUACAGCCCACCUGCUCCUCAAUACAGCCCACCUGCUCCUUCCUACUCACCACCUGCUCAACAGGCGUACCCGACCCAACAAGCAGCAUCUUCUUACAGUCCUCCUUCACCUCAAUACAAUGCUCCAGCUCCUUCCUACUCCCCACCAGCUCAGUCCUAUGAAGCCCCCCAACAGUAUUACGAAGAGCCUCAACAGUCAUACGGAGCCCCAAAAGGCAAGAAGCCCAAGUCCAGUUACGGUGCCCCCAAAGCUCCUAAAGCCCCCAAAGCCAAGAAACCAAAGGGCAACUAUGGCGUACCAAAGGCCGCUAAGAAGCCCAAGUCCAGCUAUGGAGCUCCUCAACAACAAUCUUAUGCUGCCCCAGCUCCUUCCUACCAGCAAGCUCCAGCUCCUUCCUACCAAGCCCAAACUCCAUCUUACCAGGCCCCAGCUUAUUCAGCUCCAGCUCCAUCCUACACUCCCCAGUCUGCUCCCCAAUCGGCCUAUCCUCCACAAUAUGGUCGUUAAAAAAUUAUGUUGAGUUCACUGCGGCUGGUCCACAUAAUACCUUCACAUCACCGUCAUCCAAAGCUUUGUUGCACUGCAUACCUGAUCGCUUAUCUGCACACAUUUAGAGUUCUACAUGCUUCUUUUUUUAUUGUAGGCUUAAAGCCUAAAGCUGUUACUUCAAUGUUACAAUAUACAAACGUUGACCACUCA